CUCGGCGGAAAGCAGUGGUGCCACUACUGCGCCUCUAGCCCCUGAGACGACCUCCGACACAGUAGCUUCUGCUGCAACUACUGCGGUGAAGAUGCAAAGUGAACAAGAGCCGCUAGUAACCACGACGCCCCGGUUUCUCCCCGCGGCGUUGCAGUCCGAUGAAGAGCGUACCGCGUUUACUGCGUUCGAGCGGCGCCGGAAGCAGCUAGAAGCAGAGGAACUGGAGCGGAAGGUGGCCGAGGAGCGGGCGGCGCGGCGCAGGGCGCAGCAGGAGGCGGCGCGGAAGAAGCGGGAGGCGAAACGCUUGGAAAAGGAGAGUUGCGCCAAGCAGUGGAUUCUGGACAACGUGUCUUCGGAAGAGGAGAAUAUUAACGAUGGAGGAGGGCAAGGUCCAGGCCAACAGCAGCCCAGCAAAGCCGUUGACGAACAAGGGAACGACGUUGAGGAGGAGGACAUGGAGGAUGUUGACGAUGACGAGAUUGAAAUCGAACCGGACAUGUUGAAUGACGAAGCGGGAACUACGGCAGACCAGGAAGAUGUGGAACUCCCGGACCUCUUUGGCGACGGAGAGCAACAAGAGGAGGCGGGAGUUGUUGUGUCUGAGCUUGGACAUGUUCCUACAACAGAAAGCAAAACUGCGACACCUGCUUCUACUAGCGUGGUUGCGACCGGAGCAGCUGCCGCUCUUGUGUCUGCAGCAGCUUCCGACGUUUCGAAGCAGCCGGACCCGGAGGUGCGGAAGGUCCCGAUUAAACCUCUCCCGAAGAAGCUGCUGCAGCAAAAGCAGUUCCCGCUAAAGGAAAACCUGUUUAUCCACAACAGCUGGACCGGGAAAACGCCGGCGCAAGUCUUGGACAACCUCGUCGCCAAACAGCUCGGGAAGCAGCACCUGACGAAAAAAUCCGUGAACAAGCUGGGAGUCGGCCGUGUGCAAAUCGUCUGCGGCAGUAGCGUCGUCCACGACCUGGAGGUGCCUUUUCGCUGCAAGAAGAAAAAAGACGCGAUUGAGUUGGUCAGCACGUUUGUGUAUGCAUUGCAAAAGUAUCGUACUAGUAUAAAUUGCAUGACAAAUUUUGGCAAGAAGGAAAUUGGAAUUUGUAAUGGUGUUUUUCCCUACGAAAAAUCAUGCACAUUUGCAAUUAGUACGAGUACGAUUCUUUUGCAGUGGAUAUUGUGCUGUUUCACCUCCAGUACGGCUCGGACUCCGCCACCCCGAUGCUGAACAACGUGCAAGAGUUGCUCCCCCCGGCGUUUAAAUCCUUCUACAACGACAUGGUCCGGAAGCGGGAACAGGAAAGACUAGAAGCCGCGCGGAUGCGCAUCCGACCACGGGUGAAGCUCUGUCUCGAGCUGUGCGGGGAGGCGAGCGUUGAGGGAUUAGAGAAAUUUUUGGGCAAUGGUGAGUUCGCGGCAGGUGUUUCUUCUGAAGCAGGAGCUACCGGGAACAUGAUACAGCCGAGUCCUGGUUCGAUGUCGGAAUUGAAAGAUUUUUCCGUCAGCCGCCCAGUGUUUUUCUCCGCGGAAAAGGUCGCGGGGAAGACGAAAGGUAGAGAAGGUAGUGCGACAAAGAAGUCUUCAGAUACUAUCGAAGAAGCGCCGCAAGAAUCAGAGGAAGAGUUCCAGCCCGCGGUCACGUCGGUAAAGCAGAAAGACAAAAAAAAGAUCGACCAGGAGCUCGCCGAAUACUUCGUCAGCAAUCACGAGCGGCGACACAAUCUUCAGAGGCAGACUAUGCAUAUUAAGAAGAAUUUUGAAUCGAAACGUCUUUUUUCCUCUGCAUGAAGUUGUCGAUUUGCAAUGAGCAAUUUACGUAUUCUAAGUACCGUGAUUUACUACAGCGGCACCUGGUCGUCCUACGGCCGCUCAUGUUGCUAUCAUCAGGGCGGCAAAUGCCAAACUGUAAUCUCAUCUUCUACCUACAGAUUCUUCUUCAGACGAUUCCUUGAGUCAAAAUUUUUGCUUCUGCAUAAUCCGAAGCGAACUUCCGGUAGCGGAAUUCAAGGAGGAGAUCAUUUCUAUGGUGAAUUCUCACCGGGUUUCCGUCGUGUCCGGUUCUACGGGUAGCGGGAAGACAACACAGGUGCCCCAGUACAUCCUCGAGCACGCGUUGCUGGAGCUCUACAAUAAGGAGAACACGACGUCAGACGAUUCCGACCCGCAAGACAAACCUCUUCCCACCAUCCUCGUGACCGAGCCCCGGCGGAUUUCCGCGAUGUCCGUCGCCCAGCGGGUCGCGCAGGAGAUGGGCGAGCACAGUUGCGGCAGCGGGCUGGUCGGGUACCAGAUCCGGUUGGAGAAGAAAGCGCACCCGGUGAAGUGCAGACUGCUGUUCUGCACCAUUGGGGUGUUGCUCCAGCGGCUGAAGCACGACCCGUACUUGCAAAACGUCACGC